AUGACCGAGAUCCCAGGCACCCCACGCACCUGGGCUCUCCUGCCUACCGCCCCAAGGCCAAGGGCGGCCCGGAGCGGAAAGAAGGCCACGUGGGGCCUUCAGAUGCUGUGCGCCCGGAGACCACUUCGGUCCCCAGACCGGCCCUAUUCCAAGCGAGAGACUGAAAUCGGGCGUGCCAAGGACCGGGGACACAAGAGGGCCGGGCUUGGGGGUGGUGGCUCUGACACAGCGGCUCAGCAGCCCAGCAGCCCAGCCCUGCCUGGCCUGCGGCUCACCUCCUCCAGGCCGGCUGCCGGGGGCAUCCUUCCUUCCCUCCCAUCAUGGCGGUGUACCGUGUGUGUGGGCACUGGUCCCUACCUGAUGGCCGGCACACUGGACAACAUUUUUGUCACACUGGUGGGCACAUGUGGUGAGAGCCCCAAGCGGCGGCUGGAUCGCGUGGGAAGGGACUUAGCCCCUGGAUCGGUGCAGAAGUACAAGGUACGCUGCUCAGAGGAGCUGGGUGAGCUCUUGCUGCUGCGGCUCCACAAGGAGCACUACGCUUUCUUCCCCAAGGACUCCUGGUACUGCAGCUCUAUCUGCGUCACUACCCCCAGUGGUACUCUUUGCCACUUUCCCUGCUAUCAGUGGAUUGAGGGCUACUGCACCAUAGAGCUUCGACCAGGAACAGCAAGAACUAUUUGUCAGGACUCCCUUCCCCUCCUUCUGGAUCACAGGAAAUGGGAACUCCAGGCCCGACAGGAAUGCUACCGCUGGAAAGUCUAGCCCACCCCUGGCUUCCCCGGCAUUGUAGACAUCAGCAGCCUUGAGGAGGUGGAGUCAGAUAAGAAAUUUGCUUUGAUCAAGACGGUGCCUUGUGCAGACAAGGGCGACAGUGGGAAUAGGUACCUGCCUGGCUUUCCCAUGAAAACUGACAUCCCAUCCUUGCUGUCCAUGGAACCCAAUAUUCGCUACUUGGCCACUAAGACAACCUCGCUGCUCUUCAACGCCAUCCCUGCGUCCUUGGGCAUGAAGCUUCGGGGGCUGCUGGACCGCAAGGGCUCCUGGAAGAAGCUGGAUGACAUCCAGAAUAUCAUGUGUUGCCACAAGACCUUCACCUCAGAGUACGUCACUGAGCACUGAUGUGAAGACCCCUUCUUCGGAUACCAGGACCUGAACGGUGUCAAUCCUGUCAUGCUCCACUGCCUCUCCAGCUUGCCCAGCAAGCUUCCUGUCACCAAUGACAUGGUGGCCCCCUCGCUGGGACCAGGCACCUGCCUGCAGACAGAGCUAGAGAGGGGGCUCAUCUUCCUAUCGGACUACUGGAUCCUGGUAGAGGUCCCCGUCCACUGCAUAAACGGCCGCCCGCAGUACGCAGCCUCCCCGCUCUGCCUGUUGUGGCUCAACCCCCAGGGGGCGCUGGUGCCCUUGGCCAUCCAGAAGAGCCUGGGCCAGACCCCCGGGCCAGACAGCCCCAUUUUUCUGCUCACUGACUCCGACUGGGACUGGCUGCUGGCCAAGACGUGGGUGCGCAACUCGGAGUUCCUGGUGCACGAGAACACCACGCACUUUUUGUGCACGCAUUUGCUGUGCGAGGCCUUCGCCGUGGCCACGCUGCGUCAGCUGCCCCUCUGCCACCCCAUCUACAAGCUCCUGCUUCCGCACACUCGCUACACGCCGCAGAUGAACACCCUCGCACGCGCCACGCUGCUCAACCCAGAGGGCCUCCCAGCUGUGUUCUCUCCUCAGGUCACGUCCAUCGGGAGGCAAGUCCUCCUCUACCUCAUGAGCACUGGUCUGGCCCACUUUGCCUACACCAAUUUCUGCCUUCCGGACAGCCUGCGGGCCCGCGGCGUCCAGGAUAUCCCCAACUACCAUUACUGAGACGACGGCCUGAAGAUCUGGGCGGCCAUUGAGGGUUUUGUCUCAGAAAUCAUGGGCUUCUAUUACCCCAGUGAUGCGUCUGUGCAACAGGAUUCGGAGCUGCAGGCCUGGGUUGGAGAGAUCUUUGCUCAGGCGUUCCUGGGCCGGGAAAGCUCAAGUAUCCCCUCCAGGCCGUGCACCCCGGGAGAGCUGGGGAAGCUCCUCACUGCAGUCAUCUUCAACUGCUCCGCCCAGCACGCUGCCUUCAACAGUGGGCAGCAUGACUUUGGGGCCUGGAUGCCCAAUGCCCCCUAAUCCAUGAGGCAGCCCCCACCGCAGACCAAGGGGACCACCACCCUGAAAAGUUACCUAGACACCCUCCCAGAAGUGAACACCACCUGCAACAACAUUCUCCUCUUCUGGUUGGUCAGCCAAGAGCCCAAGGAUCAGCGGCCCCUGGGAACCUACCCGGACGAGCACUUCACCGAGGAAAGGCCGCUCCGGAGCAUCGCCAUCUUCCAGAGCCACCUGGCUCAGAUCUCGCGAGACAUCCGGGAGCGGGAGCGGACCCGGGGCCUGAAGCUGCCCUAUACCUACCUGGACCCUCCCCUCAUCGAGAACAGCGUCUCCAUUUAACCCCUUCCUCCUACCACCCGGAAAGCCCAAGCGUGAGGAGGCCCAGCUUCUCAGGGUCCUCAAGGCUCUUCCGUCUUCCCUGUUCUCGGUCAGCGUGAACUUUCUCUGCACCUGGGGAC